AUGAUGUUCUUCUCCUCCUACAUACCCUAUGUCCAGCCCAGGCGAGUGGCCGCCAUUGGUGAUGCAGUUUACUUCACGAUUUCGCGGUCCGCUGCCAUCGCCAAGUAUGAUUGGGGCGAGAAUCGCCUGUCUGUGAUUGACCCGCCACCACCAGAUACAGAAGUGUACGGCGGUUUCGUCUCCCUCAUGGUCAUGGAGGACAAUUCGCUGGGGCUCGCUGGUGUUGAGGAUUCCACUUCCAGUCUGCAUAUCUGGUCAAGGACGGUGAAGGGAGCUGCAAAAUGGGUACAAUGCAUGGUCAUUGACCUGGAGAAAGCCAUGCCCAUGGCCAAUCCCCGCGAAGGUCAUGGAGCAUAUGUGGUUGGUUUCGCAGAGGGUGUCGGUGUCAUCUUCGUCAGAACAGAUGCUGGCUUAUUCACGCUCGAGCUCAAGUCCGGGCUGGUGAAGAAAGUUGAUGAAUUUGGGGUCUACUUUUCCGUUUUACCCUACAUGAGCUUCUACACUCCUGACCGUGGUAGAUUGUCAUCGCUGGCAAGGCUCACUGAUGUCUGACGCGCCACUCAAGAGCAGGACCUGGCGAAAUGGACGAACCCGUCACUACCCAAAUUCUUCUUUUGCGAAUCACGAACCGAACUUAAUUCUGCUGCUGGUGGCUUCCUGAAGUCCUGGGAGAUCCUUUAUUUAUUUUCUUGAGUAGUUGAAGCAUGACUGGUGCAGGUCGUUAUGACAUGCGAGGGAUUGAGGUUUUGUAUCCUGUGGUCACAGGUCGACCCAAAAUUCAGCCAUCCAAACCAACUAGCUAGUCCUGAUUUCAAAGUAAGAAAUGUAGAAGGAAAAUGAACUGAGAGCGGCGUCCCAGAGCUACUGAGGUCAAUCGUGGAUGUUUUAGUCCAACUCGUGCUGAUCCUUGUAGGCCUAAAGGUUGUAGAAGCAUCGAAUAUGCGGGGUGUAUUUGAUGUAUCAGUUGCUGUU